AUGAGCUCCGCACCGCUCAAUGAUGAUGAUAGUGGUGAUAUAUCAUUAUCAUCUUCUCACAUCCCCACGACAACAUCUACGGGAUAUCAUCAUUCGAGAUCAAAUAGCUCAGUGGGGACGGGCCUGACAUCAGGAUCAGGAUUACUACCUGAACAACAAUCACGCAGACCACAUUCAAGGGAAAGAGACGUAUCUGCACCUGUAAAUGUAUCAGCAAAGUUAUUUGGCAAAUCAUUAUUUACAAGAUCACCUCAAGCUGAUCUGACAACUAGCUCGUCUCGAGAUGAUUCUGCUUCAGGUGGGGCAAGAGCUGGACUUGCAGCUUUACGAGAGGAAAUCAGCAGCGUAAGUCUAAAUGACGAUGAAUCGAUACCGACAGCGAAAUAUCCUUCUCAACAUCAAUAUCAAUCACAAUCAAGUAAAUCAAACUCGAUACCCGGUGCGUCAUCAGCGACUAUAUCAAAUACAAAAGACGAAUUGGAUGGGAAAUCAAGACCACCUUCUUUAGGUACAAGAAGGAUAUCAUCAAAUUUAGGUAGAUCAAAAUCAUUAAAUGUUAAAUUACCUCCUUCGUUAUCCUUACAUACAGAUAUAAAAAGAUCUGCUUCGCCAAUGACAUCGACAUCUACUUCAACGACUUCAACUCCUUUUUACAAAAAUACAAAUACGAACACGAAUACGAAUUCGGUAACGAAUACACCUAGUUCUAAAUUAGGUUGGUCGAGAAGACCAGGUGAGCCCAGACCACCUCCAUUGGUGAAUGAAGGCACAUGUAAAAAAAUGAAUAGAUGGGUCAAAGAAGUCGUCGUUUGUAAUUUCGAUUUGGAAAGAGGUCCUGUGGUUGAGCGGAGAGCUGGUGAUAGGAGGUGGGGUCAAGGUGAGAAAGAGAAUGUCGCCUUCUCUUCGUUCCCGGAUACAUCACUAUUCUCAGAAGGGUCAAUACUAUUCUCAUUCAAAAUAAGACACAUACCACCUGAUCCAUCAACUUUACAUCACCCUGAACCACCUUCACCUAUGCCUGAUAGAGUUGUUAAAGCUGUUGAAGAAGAAAUGAAAGAUGUGAAAAUCGGUGAUCCACCUGGAGAAGCUGAAGUUUUACCUGGAGGUGGAAACGGAUCAGGUUCAGGUUCAGGUUCAGGUUCAGUGAAACAAGGUGAUAAAGCCGAAGAAUACAGGAAAUGGGAUGAAAGAGGUAGGGAAUGGUUAUAUGGCUUUGUAUGGUUUGAACAGAGAAGAGAUAAAGGUAUAACUAGAGGUUAUAUGCAAAAAUCCCUAGUCAUCCUCACCCACCUACCUUUUCCUGCACUCUUCUCUGCUGUCUUACAAAAAAUAGCUCCUGUGUUCUUCGAACAUGGUUAUUCUGCUUUAGAAGCAGCUUGUCACUCGAUUGCCUCAUGGCCCGAUCCAACCCCCGAUUCCAUCCUGGAACUUCCAAUGAUGACAGAUCUUCUCACUGUCAAACUACCUGAUACAACUGAAUCGCCUCAGAUCGGUAAAGCUUUUGGUGUUACUUCUCCCACUUUACAACAACCUAUCCUCGCCGCGUUACCAACCUCAACACCUCUACGCGCUUUUGCUUCUUUCUUACCUUCAUUAUGGUCACUAUGGGAAUGCUUAAUCCUGGCUGAGCCUGUCCUAAUUAUCGCUCCGGAUCCGAAAACCUGUUCAGAAAUAGUGUGGUGGCUACGCGAUCUCCUAAGACCUAUCCCCCCAGCAGGUGAUUUCCGACCUUAUCUGCAUAUUCACGAUCACGAUUUCUCCUUAUUGGUCAACUCGAAUAAACCUCAAGCUGGAGUGAUAGUAGGUGUGACCAACCCAUUCUUCAGGAAUGCAGCUAGUCAUUGGCCAAAUGUUAUUUCCAUCCCAUCUCAAAGGAUAAGAAGGGUAGUUCAGAAUGGAACGAGCCCUGCUAUCACCGCUACUUCGAGUCCGGGACUGAGAGAUCAGCCUGAAGGUUUCCUGAGUAGACGACAUAGGAGUAUACAAAAGGAUAGAAUCUUACUUAAACGUCUGGAAACCCUAGUAGCCGAAGGUAAACUAGAUGAUCCAGAGGGGAACGAAGCACUGAAGACACAUUUUCAACAACUGACUGAACGUUUCCUGGUUCCGUUGAAUCGAUAUUUCCAAACUCUUGUUCCAACUUUAUCGACGCCAUCGCCCUCAGUCUCGCCAUCCACCUUACCUGCAUCAACAUCAACAUCAACGUCGACAUCGAUAUCGGCCGCCUCGACCAGUCAUACAGCAGGAGCUAUAAGGCCAUUCUCAUUACCUAAUUUCCUCUCACAUCUGCGUAAUCAUGGACCCAACCCCUUACUUUUCAAGACAAAAGGACUAAGCAUGAAAUCAAGAGUGGAAAAUGACUUUUACGCUUCUUUCUGCAUGUCAUCAACUUUCGCAAGAUGGUUAGAAGCAAGAGUGGAUUCACUUGGUUUAGCAAUACAUAUACACAACAAUAAUUCAACUUCAGGUCCCAAUUCGACUUUACAUGUUCCACCUAAUGGAAUAAGAACACCAACGAAAAAUGUCAAUCUCACACAAUCACAAAUGCAAGCGCAAUCGCGAAUGCAGACACAAAAUGGCAAUACCAGACCUGGACUACCAAGAUCAGUUUCAGCUUCAGUCGGUUUAGGUAUAUUGGGUAAUAUCAUACCUGAUCCUUCCGCUCAAGGUAGGGUUUCACUGAAUGAUAGGAAUACAGAAAGUGAAAGUGAAACCCCAAGUGAAUUGGAUAUGGAUGUGGACUCAGAGAGGAAUAGUGUGGAUAGUGUUGGUAUCAUGAGAGAACAAAGAGAAAGAGAAGGAAGUGGGAUGACGAUAGUCCCCGUCUCAGGACCGAAUGGGAGUUGGUACGAUGGUAGAAGAGCAAGUGAAGGGAUGGUAAAAUUCAAUGCGAAUGGUUCGAUAGGAAAAUAG